UACAUCGCUGAAACUGCUGCCCCCAUGAGAAGAAAGCAGGGUUCCCUCCUCCGCCGCGGUGCCCCAAUCCCUCUUGCUCCGCGGUGCCCUUACUCGCCUGCUGCCCCCACUGCGGUCGUCGAAUCCGGGCGAGAUCGAGAGGAUACGCCGCAUCUCGCGGGACACCCAGCCGCUGUACUCCACCUCUCGCUGGCCUCCUUCCGGUUCCCUUCGUCACCGACGGCGAGCCCUGCUGAUGAUGAGUUGUUCCCCAACCGAAGAAACGGAUCAAGGCCAUGGGAUCCAGCCAACGACCGUCCCCUGGAUGCAUCACCUUGCCAAACGCUUGGUGGGGGCAGCAUGGACGAGCUGCUCGUCGACCAUGCGGGGAGCACGGACGAGCUGCUCGUCGGCGUCCAUCCCGCGCGCCCAGUCCCUGCCGACGAUGGCUACCCAGCCCCCUCGACGGCGUGUGUUUCCUGCUCGCCGCCUGCUGUGUCUCCCCUGGUCACCAUCCCCUGGAUCCCACUACCCCCUCCAUUAUAUUCCUAUUUUGAGGCAAGCAAGGUUGCGAACGUCGACAACGAGUAGGAGGCAAGUGUAUUACGGUGAGCAGUGAGACAUGGGCAUGAAGCAGGUGUGCAAGGCCACUUGCUGCUGCACUAAUUGCCUUGACGGAGCACUGGCCGCCGGCUCCCCGGUGCCCACCGCCCGCCGGUGGACUCCCUGGUUGUGCACAAUGGAGAUGAACCUGCGUCGGCACCCUGCAGCCUGGAUAGAGCUUUGCCAGUGGUGGUGAUGAAUCUGUUGUCUGUGCUGGUGAUGUCGCUCUCUAGCAUCAACUUUCUCCACCGGCUAUUAGAGAGUAGAGGUCAUAUAAUGGAUUUGUUUUUCUUCAGAGAUGUGCUCCCGUCGUUGUUGGCUGUUGAAUUUGUAAUGCAUUCUGUCCCUUAGUCUGUCUUCACCACUUCGUCCUCCCGCACAAUCGACAGAACAGAGCAACUGUCGCGAUUUGUCCAUUCAUCUCUUCGAGUGAUUCAAACCUAGGAAGCCUGCUACUUGUGCAAGCAACAUGGUAAGAAGUUUCAGUUUUCUCACUAAUGCACCUCAAUUGGUAAGUAUAGAAGAAUGUCAGUUUGCUUUAUGUUGGUUUUCUAAUUUCUACAUAUUCCUUUCUUACAGACUCUGCCUUCAAGGAAAUCUAAUUAUCUAGGUAUAUGGAAAGGCGGUAAAUUCUGUUACUAUAUAUUUGUGUGUACUCAAGCUCUGCUAUGCAGAUUGAGGAGAAAGAGUUAUUUUAUUGUGAUGAUGAUUAAUUUUUUUCAUCCUGUGAUCUCCUUUGCUUCAGUUGUGCUAAUAUUUUUUUGCACAUCAGUAGGACUAAAAUAUUCCAGAUACCAGAAGGAUUUUUUGUUCUGUCUGAGCAUCUUGAUUUUGGAAAAUGUGGUGUACUAAUGGCUCAUGAGGAUAAUUUCCACUGAGUACUCUAGGUCAGCCUACAUAUGUUCUUCUAAGCACAAUUGUUUGCAUCUGCCUAAUCUGCAUACAAAAAUGUGCAUCUGCCUGGAAGUUUAACUCUUACAUUUUUGGGCCCAAGUAGUCAAAAUAGUACAUUAGUGUAGACAAAGAAGAGUUCAGCUUCCAGUACGCCAUUAUACCUUUCCUAACUACAUCUCUCUGGUUGGUUGAAGGUGUGGAGUUUAGCCAUGUUCUGCUGUAAGGAAAGCCAUGACCUCCACACAGAUGAUGCAAGCGGAAACAAGCUAGACUCACAACUUUGGUUUUGAGGCAUUUUCACCCACAAAUAUUACCCUGGUACUAACAGGUUGUUAGUAUUAUAUCAGUAUACUUGUUCAGCCUUUCGAUGUGCUGGUCUGAAUAUUUAAACAAGGAAGCAGGCUCAGUUGCUCACCAACCUACUAUUGCUGCCAACAAGUAGCCAGAAACCCAUAGAAGAUAUCUGCAUUGAUCACAGAAAAAUGAAGUAUUGAAUUUGUAGGACAUUUUCAACAUUGUCAUCCUAAUCUGGUUCCCACAUAUUCAAGAUGUGGAGAUUAUCUCUUUGCUCCAACAAAGCCAUGGCCUUCAA